AUGGCCCCGCUGCCCAUGUUCCGAGUGGUCCUUCUGGUGUCAUUUUCAGUUUUUUUGACUGUUGUGUUGGGUUUUGGACUGCCUGCUCUCCUGAAUGCAGUGAUGAGGAUGUUUGGAUUACCGGAGACGAGUGUAACUGAGUGCAUAGUUUUGUUGUAUUUAGUUUUUGUGUUGUAUGUUGCGACGCCUCGUAUACCCAGAGGAUUGGUGGAGGUGAAGGGGAAAGCUGUGUUUAUUUCUGGCUGUGACAGUGGUUUUGGUCAUGCGCUUGCCAAACAUUUGCACAAACUUGGCUUUACGGUCUUUGCUGGAUGUCUUCUAAAGGAUAAAGAUGGAGAGGGUGCAAAGGAGCUGGAGGAAUUUCAUUCAGAUCGCAUGAAGGUAGUCCAGCUGGAUGUCUGCAGUGACGAGCAGGUGAACGAGGCUGUGGAAUACAUCAAAGACAACCUGGAAGACUCAGAGAGAGGUCUGUGGGCGGUUGUAAACAACGCUGGUGUGUCAACAUUUGGAGAAGUAGAGUUUACGUCCAUGGACACCUACAAGCAAGUGUCAGAGGUCAACUUGUGGGGCACCAUCAGGGUCACCAAAGCUGUUCUGCCAUUAAUCCGCAGGGCCAAAGGUCGUGUUGUGAACCUGGCCAGUAUGUACGGGAGGAUGGGAAACAUCAUGCGAUCACCUUACUGUGUAUCUAAAUAUGGCGUGGAAGCUUUUACUGACUGCCUUCGCUACGAGAUGAAGACCUGGGGAGUAAAAGUGUCCAUAAUCGAACCAGGGAACUUCAUUGUGGCCACCGGCAUCCUGACCCGUGACAUUGUGGCCACCACGUCCAACAAGCUGUGGAAUGAGGCGCCCUCAGAUGUGAAGGAGGAUUACGGGAAAACCCACUUUGAGCAACAUAUGUCUCUGAUGCGCUCAUACUGCAAUAGUGGACAGAAGGAAGUGGCCCCCGUCCUGGAUGACAUCACAGAUGCUAUCAUGUCCAAGAGGCCUUACACAAGAUACAACCCCAUGGAGCCACACUGGUGGAUCAGAAUGCAGCUGAUGACCCAUCUGCCUGCCGCAAUGUCUGACUUCUUCUAUUUCUAAAAGAGAAGUCGUUCAUGUUUCCAGCUCUGUCUGUUUCACCCUCAGAUCACAGAUAGCAGCAUAUUUUUCAACUAUGUAGAGCAGAUCUACAGGCUUGCCCUGAAGAGGGGUCUCUGCUAUUAUAUUCCUCCGCACUUGAAAUGAUUCACUGAUCAAGCCUUAAAACUUAAUGGUUUUGUAAACUGUAAGUAAAUUAUUGCACUUUGCUUUUUGUAUGUCUGACAAGAACCAUAACUUUUUAUCUUACAGAAAUAUUCAGUGAUAAGUAGUAACUACUUUGUGGUGGAUAUCAGCAGGGCUAAGACAUUCCCUGUAGCUAUAAACACUACAUUAUUAUUGCUUGCUGUGUUAUACUAUGAUAUAAUAAGUUGCUUGUCUUUUUACAAUUUUUUAUUUCCUGAUACUUACAAUGUUUUGCCUUAUGGGAAUCUUCUGGGGACCCACUGGCAUGAGGACCAAAGUUGGUAAAGCUCAAGAGACGGUUCCUGCUGCUCUGUUGUAGCUGACGCCGGAACAAACCAAGGUCAGCUACUGUAAGACUGGUGAGAUUUGGCUGGAAUUGCCCAAAAGUUACGCAACAACAACACAAGCCCACUUUUGUUUCGUGUGCUUCAUGAGGUCCUGCGUGCUACUUCAACAGUUGAGUUGAUUGAUGUGAUUAAUGGGCACGCUUGAACUAAAAGGUCUCAUUCUUGUCUAUAUAAUGACACAAAUGAACUAGGCGUUGCUAUAUUUUGUAAAGAGUUACAAUCACAUUACCUUUUUUUUUUGACAAUGAUUGAAAUAAAUUGACCAAAAUCUAACUUGAGUUUUGUUGAAGACUUAAUUUGAGCCUGCAUGCUGGUGGUGCCACUAAAUGUAAUAAUAUAUAUUACCACCAGGUGGCGCAAAAGCACCGUACAAAACUACCACUGCUGCUCCGAAGCAUGAAUUCUCUGCUUUCCAUCACAUCAUUUAAGCUGCAUUAUAAUCACAUCACAGCAAAGCUAAUGCACAUGUGAAACAGCAUCAAUGCAGUUUUCACAUACUGUCAAAUGCUGCAAUGAGACAUAAUGAAAGUGAAAGUAUCAACAUUUAACACAAUUU